GGCGGAUGUGCUUUCGUCCACCUUCUCUCGUGAGAAAGAGGUAGUGGGAAACCAGCGUCGGGUAGUGUGAGUUGAGAGCUGUUUCUCUCACUAGAACUCUUCUAGGUUGCUCUACUACUUUCGGCACCGCCACUCGCGGUGGUCGCCGCCGUCGGAGCCCUCCUGGCUCCGGUGACUUCAAGGUGCUUGGUCGAAGGUUUUUUGGAAAUCUGUUUCAUUUUUCAUCGGAUUUAAUGGUGAUUUGCUGAACUGUUGAUUUUCUUCAUUGGAGAACCCUCUGGUUCGUAGUGGAAUGGACACUGAUUGACGGCCAUGAGACUGGGAGUUAUGAUUUGGUGACGAAAGGUGUGGUGAGGGGUCUGGUGCGCAAAGGAGCUCCUGCAAGGCUAUGUACUGGGUUUGGGGUGGUUGGCCGAUGAAGACAACUGGCUCGUAUUCAUGCCGGAUAAGAAGGUAGGAGUUUACCCUUCGUGAAUGAGGGCGCUCCAACUUGACUCUCCUGUCUGGAUUUUUGUGUUGCUUGGUGACGUAUGGGUUUCGCCGGAGAAGACGACCGACCACGGGGAGUUGGAACCGCCCAUCGUUGUGCUUUUUUCCUACUGUGGUUUCCGGCUACUGUCAUUCCGCCUCAAAGCGCUGUCUACCAACGUCAUUGAGGGCUGCCGGGGCUCAACGGGGGUGGGGAGAGGGUUGAGGAUCGUCGGUUUGGCUUUGGUUAUUGUUCCGACUUGGUGUUUUGUUUGUUUUGCCUCUAGUCGCUGGUCGCCGGAAAGCCUGGGGUCGCCGGACCAGGUGGGGGGGCUUGGACAGGGGAUGAGUUCUUUUUCCGGCUACUGCCGAACUGACCACCGUGCUUUCUCACAUCAACGCCGUUGAGGGUCGCCGGGGCUCAACGGGGGUGAGGGGUGAGAUGGGGGACAUCGGGUUGGCAGCUGUUACUUCUCCGGCUGGGUUUUUCCUUUCCUCCGGUCGCCAGACCUAGGUGGGGUGGUUGGUUGGGGGGUGGGCUUGCAUUGACGGAUAGGUGGACUGACAGGUGGGCAGGGUACGGUUGUACAGCUUGUCACCUCGUCGAAUUUGAAUUUCAAAUUUGGAUGCGGUGCGGCUUCUUGCUCUGGACUGCUGUAGCAAACCCUAGCUGCAUAUGCGGAUGUACUAGCUACUGGAAUGGGCCGAUGCGGAUGGACGCUUUUGGAGGCUUGGGCCGACUUGCCUUGGGCUGAUUCAGAAAGGAGGAUGUCCUUUAAUUAGGCUGGAUCCAUGGAUGCUUUGACUUUUUGUGGACUGUGAUGCAUUGCUGGGUCUUGGGGCUUUUAUUAGUUUCUGGCCCAGUUUACAUGAUUUGUUUUUUUGAUGUAUUGGAUUUUUGUUGGACUGGAUUGGACACUUGUCGAGGCUUGUCCCGUGCUAGUUUUGAUAUUUUGGUGGAUGAUUUCCCAAAAAAAAACUCUCUCUCCCUCCGCAAGCGGGGGGGGGGGGGGGGGAUAUGAUAGAUACUAUUUUAGGUUAGCUUGCUAGCUUAGAUAGUUAUUUUUGAGUUUUUUUUGUGCAUUGUACUUAUGCUAUUUUAUGGAUAUAUAUAUUUACAUUUUAUCCAAAAAAAGAAGAGGUAGUGGAGUUAUGACUGGUUGAUCAGAG